AUGCGGCUUAGUGCUCUCCAAAUCGCCGCUGCGGCGACAUAUACACUGUCAUUUCUUCAGAUGUCGUCGGCGCACCCAAGCAAACCUGUGCGAUUUGCGCGACAUGCGUCGCAUGCCCGCGAUCUCAGCGCGCAGCCCUCCGUUGGGCCGGUUUCCCUUCGACAGCAUCACGAACCACGAGCUGUUGUCGAUGUAUGCGCGAACAUCGAUGCAAAUGUGCUUUCAGACCUCAAUCUUUUGACUGUCCCUCUGAGCGCUUUAGUGGGCUUGGACGUCUGCUUGUGCUUGUCUAUGCUGCCGUUGGCUCUGACGACGGACGUGCAGCUCGAGACCCUCGUUCCGCUCCUGGGUAUAAAUAACCUCACGGCGUUGCUCACAGCUGCUAUCGACGGUGCCCCCGACUCGAAGCACUGCACAUACCCCCAGCAUUCGAAACCUCUGUGCUCGAGCAGUGACCCAUGUGGAUGGGAGUGCGAGUCUCCUUACGUGAAGGAGGGUGACGAGUGUGUAUGCCAGUGGCCGUACACAUCGUGUAAUGGUGUAUGCGGCUCGUUCACCCACGGCUGUGGAUCGUCCACACCUAAAGCGAGAAGACUGGGAACCAAUUUAGAGAGACGUAUUGAGACAUCCAUCGGCGUCACCACUCUUGAAGAGGCUCAGAAAACCUGUAAAGAGGAUGAGACGGUAUGCGGCGUGCAUGCGGGUUCCAACCUGGCAUAUGAGUGCAUCAACGUUGGAAUUAACGUCGAGAGCUGUAAGUACUCUUGUCUUUUCAAGGACUUCCGCGUUUCACCAAUUGUGUGUCCCCCGUCCAGGUGGUGGUUGCGUUUUCGAAAACCCCUUCAUCGCCACAGGUGCCUCGGCCAUCGGGGUUGA